AUGGGAGAGAGACUGGUUGAAGAUAUCAUUUUAUUAAGAUGUAAUUUAGUUAAUGGGAAAAUAAAUAAGGAGUGCAUCUACCAAUAUGUUGUAGGAGAUGUUAAUCAACAAAAUACAAUUUUUCCGUUUUGUUUUUCAGAAGGUGAAACAUUAUUAACACAAAGAAAUUUAUUGUUUGAGCCAACAAUUCCAGAAAUUUUUACAUUUAUGUUAACAGAUGUAAAUGGAACAAGAAAGUAUGCAUACUGUUUAAGGUUUCCACAUUUUAAAGAACCAGAAUGUUUAUGUAUUAUUGGAACAAAACCGUUGACACAUUUAUUUGAAGAAAUAUUAAAAAUAGCUAAAAAACUCCGAUUAUUAUCAAUUGAAAUAAUGAAACGAUUUCUUGAUGAUAUCUGUCUUCAACCAAUCCCAUUAGCUAAUGAAGUAUUAUCAAAUAUUUCAUUUCAUUACCUUCCUUAUCAAAUUAUUAAUAGUGAUGAAUUAAAUGACCAUUCUAACCAUGACGUGUCAGUAUUAUUAAAAACAUUUGGUGCUUCAAUGCUUGUUGAUCUUAUUGGAUAUUUGUUAGUAGAAAGAAAAUUUCUUUUUGUAAGUCAAUCAAUUCAAUCAUUAUCAGAAUUUAUUAUGGCAUUUACUUCUUUAGUAUCUCCAUUCCAAUGGCAACAUGUAUUUAUUCCAGUUUUACCACUUUCAUUAGUGACAUAUUGUGCUGCACCUAUGCCUUAUGUGAUUGGAGUAAAAAAUAAUUUUUUACCAAAUGUAUAUAAAGAUUGUGGUAAAAUGGAUGAUACAAUUGUUCUUGAUGUAGAUAGUGGUAAAUUAUUAAAUAACCAACCAUUAAAUUUUCCAUUGGUAUUUAUUUCUAAUGAAACUACUAUUUUAAAAGCUGCAUUAACUCGUAUUCUUCAUCACCUAGAUGAAAAUUCAAAUGAGCUGAUUUAUUGUCUCUUCCAUAAAUUCUUUGCUUCUAUCUUUGAUGGAUAUCAAAAAUAUCUAAAAUUUGAUUCACAAAAACAAAAAGCUGUGUUUCAAAUGGAAGAAUAUGAAGAAUAUUUAAAACAGGUAAAUGUAGAAAAUUAUACUAUCAUGAAAUCUUUUGAAGAAAGUCAAAUGUGUUAUAUGUUUUUUAAAGAAAGAGAAGAACAAAUUCAACAAGGACUUCAACUAACUUCAUUAUGUCCAUUAUUAAAGAUUAUUCAAAAGUAG